AUGAGUCAUUUGCUGUGGAAAUACUUCUGGGAGAACGAUGUCGACAAGUUUCGGCGUCUGCUGGCUUCGGCUGGUCCCAAUACCCAAGCGACAACAAGGAGUCCAGCCGUAGGCGUUGGGACAUAUCUUGGAGCCAGUCCCGGUAGCAUCGGGACUUCGCCAAGGACUACCACCAAACCGCGUAAGGCGUCAGGUUAUGCCUCUGGCCUUGGCAAAGCAAAAGACGGCAGCUCUGGUCUGAACAAAGCGGAAGUGAACAGUCGUGAUCAUGCCGGACUGACGCUAUUGCUGCGCGCAUCUUCUUCUACCGAUCCGAACGCCCUGGCCUUCGUCCAGGCUCUACUCGACCACCCACAUAUCGACCUGUACGCUCAAGAUCCUGAAAGUGGCUGGAAUGCCCUGCAUAGGUCACUCUACGCCGGAAAUGCAUCAAUCGCUAGAGCGUUAUUGGCCAAAGAGCGUGGAGAUUUAGUCAACCACGCUCUCGGUGCUUUUAACAAGGUUGGCCAGCUCAUCAAGACCAAGGAUCACGAAGGAAACAGUCCAUUUGACCUCUAUAACUCGACAAUUGCUGCGAGAUCAUUACGUCAUACGAUGGUUCAAUCUCUGGCCGAUGAUGAUUCGGACCUCGGCGACGGUGAUUUUGACCAGGGUGCUUCCAAAUUUACGCACUUCAACAAACAUUAUGCAGAGGGAGAUGAGCUUUUCAUGUUUGGAAGCAACAAGAACCUCUCCCUUGGAGUUGGGGAUGAGGACGACAGACAGUAUCCUGAGCGGAUAAUGCUACAACGGUCUGACCAAUCCAUACGCCGCUUCUAUGAAGAUUACCUUACACGGAAGCAUGUGGAUGCACCGCUCGAUAUCACGACGGAUCUCGAAACCAUCCCUGCUCUGGUUCAAAACCGACCCCUGGCAAUUCAAGACGUGGCCAUGUCAAAGCUGCACAGCGCUAUUCUUACAGACGACCCGAUAUCCAACCUUUACGUUUGUGGCGUUGGUCGCGGCGGAAGGCUGGGACUUGGGGAUGAGAACACGCAAUUCAAAUUCACCCCUCUCUCCGGGCCAUUUGCAGACAAAAAGGUCUGUCAGGUUGCACUCGGGCAGAACCACUCAAUGGCAGUCGUUGGAAACGGCGAGCUGUGGACCUGGGGUCUCAAUUCCGAUUCGCAACUUGGCUACGUGCUACCUCCUCCCCUGAGGACAGAUGAAGAGCCGAUGAGCCUCGUCCCGCGGCAGGUUUUCGGCCCUCUCAAGAAGGAGAUUGUCCUUGGUAUCGCUGCAUCAUCCAUACACUCGGUUGCUCACACUGGAUCGUCACUCUACUGCUGGGGCCGCAACGCGGGUCAGCUCGCGCUUAUGGAUUCUGAUUCUAGAUCGCUGGAUCUGCAGCAGACGCCUCGUAAAGUUGCCGCAUCUCUUCUGUCGGCGCCGAUUGAAAUGGUUGCCGCGAUUGAUAGGGCCACCACCUGCUUGUUAUCGAAUCGCCAAGUUUGGGUCUUCACCAACUACGGAUACAACCUCAUAAGGUUCUCCUUUCCCGACGUCGCCCUUAACCGCUCUCUCAAUGCAAGCGUCUUCUCCACCAAGCUUGAUGUAUCACGAAGAGAUAUUCGAUACAUAGCGGCUGGUGGUGAGACGAUCGCCGCAGUCACGGCUCGUGGCGAUCUCUUCACCAUGCAGGUCAGCAACAAGGGAGAUGCUGGAGCCCCAUUUGGCUCCACGACCAACCCCGUCAAAAUUAAGAGUGCGGUUUCUCAGCCGCAGUGCAUAUGGGAUUCGGGAAAAGACGGUGUUACAUCAGUCAGCGUUGGGGAGCAUGGAUCUGUCAUCAUUUGCACAGCAUCUGGCGCUGUCUGGAGGAGAAUAAAACGCCUCAAGGGGAAGAUCGAAUCCAUUGUCGAUUCCGGCGAUGUGAAGAGAAAAGACUUCAAGUUCCAGCGUGUUCCUUACAUCACAGAUUGCGUGGCUGUGCGCAGCUCUACCUUUGGGGCGUUUGCCGCCAUCCGAAAGGAUAGCAAAGUCAUGGCUCAGGAAAUUCACAUUACUGAACAAAAUCUCUGGAACGACAUGGGCUCACUCCUUUGCUUGAAGGAUUUCUACACUCCCGAAGGCAGUUCUGAGAGCGACUCAUUACGAAAAGCUUGGAACGCUUCCAUCGUCAGAGAGGGUCUUGGUACUGUGGCCCAUCGGAUUCUAAGCUCCUCUGAUAUCGAAACGGACAUGCUUCAUUGGCUACAAGCCAACUCGUUCUUAUACGAUACCGACCUAGAGAUUUGCACAACUGCGGCGCCAGAUAUCAGGAUACCGGUGCACGGCUGGCUUCUCUCUGGAAGGAGCUCCGUCCUCCGCCAGGCUUUGUCUGACUUUCGGCUUGAUGGCUUCCACACACAAUUGGACACAUUUACCAUAGAAAACGUCAAUGAUAAUAUGGUACUGACUCUGCUCCACAUUGACGUAUUCACAAUGCUUAAUAUUGUGGUAUAUGCCUACCAAGACAACAUCGUUCCCGUGUGGAAAUACACGCGCGAAGCCCCUGCUCUGGCCCAUCGCUUCCGCCAAGUUCGAUCGGACUUGAUGAAAGUCGCUACGAAGCUCAACAUGCCGAAACUGGAGGCUGCAGCUCGGCUGCAGGCAGGCCUAGAACGGACGCUCGACAUCGAUUUGCAGGAAGCAAUAACCGACCCGUUGUUCUUUGAGGAUGGCAACGUGAUAUUAGAGCUAGAUGGAGACGAAGUGACGGCCCACAGUCAUCUCCUGUGCCAACGCUGUCCAUUUUUCGAUGGAAUGUUCAAUGGAAGAUCACAGGGGCAAUGGCUAGCCGGUCGCCGCGAUGCAACGCAGCAAGUCGAGCCAGUCCGAAUUGACCUGAAGCACAUUCAUCCGGAGACCUUUUCUUAUGUGCUCAACUUUUUAUAUGGGGAUAUCGGCGAAGAAAUAUUCGAUGAAGUGAUGAUUACGUCGAUUGACGAAUUCUCGGAGCUCGUCUUGGACGUGCUCAGCGUGGCCAACGAGCUCAUGAUCGAUCGACUAUCACAAAUAUGCCAAUCCUUGAUUGGCAAGUUUGUAACAAAUCGCAACAUAUCGAAUCUCCUGAAUGAAAUCAGCGCUUGUUCCGUGGCGGAGUUCAAGAACACUGGGCUGGAGUACAUCUGCUUGCAGCUAGAAUCUAUGCUUGAGAACCAUUUCCUAGACUCCCUCGACGAAGAACUCUUGUACGAUCUGGAUAGCAAAGUUCGGGACAAUCAGCUCGCGUGCUUUCCAAUUGCAAAGAGCGGUCGAGCGGAGCUGCUACUUCACGAGAAGUACCCUGACUUGGUAGCUGAUAUUGAGGAAGAAAGAAGGCGCCGUGUCAAAGAGAUGGCAUUUAAGCACGCUCAGAAGGAGGAAGAGAGAAGAUUAUCCUCUGCAUACAAGCCACGCUUUGGGAGUCUGGAUGAUCUCGCGCGAGGGGUAGAGACCCCAGAGAAACUCACCAGACAGUCCAGGAAUGCGCGAAACGAGCCAUUCAGCCCGACUUUACGCCCCAAGGAUUCCCAAGCCGAUAUGAUCUUUGAUAUGGAUGAUGAAGGACCCUCUGGAGGCAGCAGUCUCGUGUCUCCGCAGCUCUCGCCCCCUCUGACUCGCACCGAUACUGAUACUGGAUCGAUCUCAAGGCUCUCGAUAGAAUGGAAGAGCUCAAAGGGCAAAGACAAAGCUGAGACGCCGCAGUCGCCUGUUCCAAGCCUGCCUUCUCACCAACAACCGACUAUCGACUCGGUCACACCCGUUUCCAAAGAGGCUAAGAAUGAUGUAGAAUCCCCAUACUCGGCCGCCAACCCUCCGUGGGCCUCUGCGACACUGCCUACUGCUAAACUGGAUCUGAAGGACAUUAUGUCUGAGGCUUCCGGAAAGUCAGCGUUAACGGCCGCCUUAUCAGCACAGACGACGAAGGACUCGUCUAGUAAACCGCUUUCCAAAAUGUCACAAAAGGAACGGAAGAAACAGAUGCAGAUGCAGCUGGAAUCACAGGUCGUAGCACAAGAGGAGCAAGCCAAAGCGAUACCGUGGGAAACAACAUCGUCUAAGAAAAAUCAGCCACCAUGGAAAGCAGCAGCGCCCGUUCCAAAGACUUCACUGCAGCAAGCUAUGGCAUCUGACGUUGCACAGCGAAACGCAAUAUCUACCAAUGCCAAGCCCCUAGUCGCAUCCGAGUCUAAUCCUCAAUCCGCGCAGAGACGGACAGCUUCCCCGGAUACUCGAUUCCCCGGACAGGGGCGUCCUGGUAACCCACAGGUAACAGCCCAGACAGGCGCUGGAGCGGAAAGUCAACCGCAGAAGCCUCUGAUACCCCACUCGAAAUCUUACAUUAAGCCGGCACAAAAGACGGAGGCGACAUUGGGGUUGAGCAUGGCAGAUAUCAUCGGCCAGCAGCAGAGAGAGCAGCAGUUGGUCAAGGAGGCAGUGGCAAAGAGAUCUCUCCAGGAGAUCCAACAAGAACAAGCCUUUCAAGAGUGGUGGGACCAAGAGAGUCGUCGUGCGCAGGAAGAGGAGGCUAGGCGGCACAGUCGAGCAAAGGGUAAGGAAGAGCAGGGAGGAGGAAGACGUGGCCGCCGGGGAAGGGGCGGGAAGGCUCGAAGCAGCGAACAGUCGAACAAUCAGCAGCCUGGCGUUGAAGACUCAAUCACGAGCACAAAAGAAGCACCCAGGACCGGCGGUAAUGCAUCUCGGGGCCGAGGUAGAGGGAAGACGAACAGAGUUGGGAUGUAA